CCUGAUACAGACUAACCUGCAAGCGCACUCUGCCUUCUUUCACAUCCAAGACUACGCGGGGGAGCCUUUACCAGCAACCGCACUUAAGGAAAUUAUCCAGUGUGUCCAGGUCUAGUCAGGAUGAUGGAGAGAGCUGUAGUGCUGGCACUGUGCUGCUGCCUGUUGAUGCCUGACCCGUGCGCUCCACUCUAUCCAUCACUACGGUUUGGUCAGAGAGCGACUGCUAUUCUGAUGAGCUCCUCUGUGGAGGAUCCUGUACAGCUGCCCUCAGACUACAGCUCCGCCCACAGUCAGGAGGUGGAGUUCAGGUCUGGUAGACAUGCUGAUGCCAUCUUCACCAACAGCUACAGGAAGGUUCUCGGCCAAAUAUCAGCCAGAAAGUUCCUCCAAACAAUCAUGGGCAAAAGACUUGAGUAAGUAUUACUUACAGAGUAUUUAUGCUUCUGAUGAAGGUUUAAUAC